AAUUUUGUACACGUCAUUACAGUGCACCGGUCUGAAAGCUGAGGUGGACUUCAGGCAGAAAAAAGGAACAGACGUGUACCUCAAGUUCUAGUGAAACAUUACCAGAAAUCGUCAUGUUCAGAAUAGCAGCUUUCUUCGCACUUUUAGUGUGUGCCUGCUCGGCUGAUAGCUGCACAGAUCCAGUGAUCAGCCCCUCGGCCUACACGACCAACGACGCUGUUAUCUCAUCCGAGUCUGUCUUCAUUGUUGAGCUGAGUCUGGCCUGUGCAAACGGAGCCCAGAGUGUGGCGCUGUAUGCUGACGUCAAUGGAAGACAGUUCCCAGUGACAAGAGGCCAGGAUGUUGGCAAAUACCAGGUGUCUUGGAGCCUUCCUCACAAACAGGCCAGUUCUGGAACUUAUCAAGUGAAAUUCUUCGAUGAGGAGUCCUACAGCUCCCUGCGCAAGGCUCAGAGGAACAAUGAAGACGUUGCUGCCAUUCAGCCCCUCUUCUCCGUCAACGUUGAUCACAGGGGCGCCUGGAAUGGCCCAUGGGUGUCUACUGAGGUGCUGGCAGCAGUCGUUGGUAUCCUGGUCUACUACCUCGCCUUCAGUGCAAAGAGUACCAUCCAGGCAUAGAGGAAUGAGACGAAGCAAUGUUAACACCAACGGAUCUUUACAAAGAAUAUUGAAUUCUGGCGGGACGUGUCAAGCAGUCCAUGGUCCAGAAUAUUGUCAUAAGUCUCAUUUUCUGAGAUGUGGAGAUAGAGCAGUGGUAAUUUUGUAUUUUUUGUUUUUGUUUUCUUUCACAGACCGUGUCUGUGACAAACUUUUUUAAGAUUUGGACCAGUAUAGUUAUUUCGGAAGAAUACAGAAGAAAAAACACGUGCAUGGUUUACAUGUGUUUUUAAUCGUCUCUCAAUAGCUCAAAAUGUCCCCUUUUUAAGCAAGGUGUCUGAAAUGAUUUGCAAACUAAUUCCCUUCUCUGUGUGUCAGCAGCAUUUGGGUUGAGUUCUGUACAGAUAUGCUCCAAACCGAUUAGUCUAGAUGGCUGAGAUUUGACAUAAAUCCAUGAUCAAAGUUGUGACUCCACUGGAUGGCCUAAAGAGGUCAAACAUUGUGUUUGUGUCUCAUGCUCAUUGCGGUUCACUCAAUAAAUGGUCUGUUUUUGUCCAAGUGUGA